AUGGUGACAGUUUUUACAUAUAGUGAAAAUGGCGCCAUCAAGCGGCGGCCGCGAAUACUAUUACAUUAUACCUCCAAAUCACCAAAUCGACUUGAAACUGAUUAUGAUAGAUUAAGCUAUCCGGCCGAGCCGGGUGAAACCAUAGCCACAACCAAAGAAGAGGAAUGGGUGACUCGUAAGACGAGCGAAGUUACCACAACCAGACAGAUUGCUACCAGAGUUAAACGAGAACUGGUGUUGGAAGAUGGAAGGAUCCUCAGCGACUCCGGACCAAAGAUAUCUACCUCUGUCAACGAGGAUACGCAUACAACCAAUUACCAGCAAACAGAGCAUAGAGUACCUGAAGAUCAAAAAGAUGAUGAAAAUGCAAAGCUGAUCGAAGGAAACGGUGGAGUUACCAUUGAAGCACUAGACGAGGUUCCUGACGCGAUCUCCCCUGCCGGUACUAAGGUGUUGGUCUCAUCUCUUGUCGUGGCAAACCCUGAGGGAAAAGUUCGAGAGAGUCAUGACCGACGUGUCCUCACCAGAAAUAUCACUGAGAGGGUUCGAGAGACAGAGGAGAGAAUCCAUCGCGGGGACACUACACAUGACGCACUCAUAGCAGCUGUGAAUGAGACAAAGGAAGAUGAUUUCCGAGAUGCUUUGAAGGUCCAGACGGAGCAGCAAUUGGCGCUGGUUCCGCGGGGACCAACCCUCGUGAAAGACACAGUCGCAUACAACACUACCAUAACCACUGAUGAUACGGCUGAGCUUCGAGCUUUACGCCCAGACGGCACUAUUGUCACUGAAACUAGACACACGAGGGAACAAGAACGACUCUGUGACGAAGAGUUAUCCAAAGACGAGGCAAAAUCAAUAAAAAGUGACGAAAGUCUGGUGGAAGAAACAGGAGGUACAGAGCGACGUAAGAGAGUUGAUCUCGAACAAUCCACGGACCUGAUGGCGGGAGGUCUAAGAGUUGGUACUCAAAUACAUUCCAGAACACGAACAGAAGAGGUUGAAAGAGAAGGACAACCUAAUAUGGAUGACGACUGGGAAAGUUUAUCUGUAAGAAUGCGACGCCAGCGCCGUCUCCGUCAAACCGAACACGAUAAAGAAUACGCAAAACGACCGCUGGAUAUUGACAUUGAAGAGGAAACGCGCAAGAAAGAAACAUCUAAGUGGCUAGAAAGUCAUUUCGGAAGCGACUCCCGUUCUUCGCACGAUUCCAUAGCUGAAGAAAUAGGACGGCGACCAGAGCCUGGUUAUUAUGUGAAGAACAAACCUGAAGACGAAGGAUAUUACGGUAAAACGUCAUCAGUGCCACCGCCUCCUGUUUAUGGGGAUCGAGUCCUUCGCAAGACAAAGUCUUCAACACCAUCGGAUGAGCGGCCAGUUGUAUCUGGAAACAGAACAGGAGGAUAUUUUAAAGGUGUAGCGGAUUGGUCUCAGAGACGAGCCAGCAAACCAAAGAUGCCAGAACCACGAAGCUCAUCUCCGUCGCCUCCAGCUGUGAGAUCACCAUAUGCUAGCAACGAUCGACUAAUUGAAUCUCCGAGACAUGUUUAUAAACGUGAUUAUCCCCAAGGUAGAACAUCUCCUAUUCCAAGGCGUCAACCUCCCUCGCGUGAUGACUCCGCCUAUGUUUCUUCUUCUACUAUGCACAGUCCACCACGUGGAUCACCAUUUCGUCCUGUAGAAACAGAUCGGUCAUUCCGUGAACCAUCAAUCGAGGACGAAUACAGGCCUCCCAAAGCACCGGAACGCAAACGUCAGUCAAAGCAACGUUUAUCUGAGGAACAUCGUUAUGAUAGUGGCUACAGAAGUUCCUCACGAAAUGAUAAUUCCGGUCGGUCAAGAGACAGUCGUGAUGAAGGUACUAACGAACCACCACCAGAUUAUUCGCCCCCAAGAGAUCGUCGCGGUAGUUCAGAUAGAGAUAAAACUCCACCACGUAGACGAGAUAGGGACGAGCGUAAACAAAAUCAAAAGACAAGAUUCGCUGACAACAGCAGAAGGCCGUCACCGCCUCGCAAAUCAGUUGGAUCAGCAAUCGGUAACUCCAUAAGAAAAUUAGUAGGCAAAAUUCGUUCUGCGUCUGCUGAAAGAAAGCCUAGGUGGCGUCAAUCGCGGACUCCGUCGCCGGAGCAUUCAUCACGAACGUACAAACAGUACGGCGGUGAGUUGGCGCCCCCCACCGGCCCCCCGCAGCGGUACUACCUCGGCGAGGAUCCCUUCGCGCCCAGCAUCUAUGGCCGCGAACACAAGUACGAGGGCAGUUCGAGACGAGCGCCUGCUGCCGACGCCCGUGACCAACGAGAAAGGGGACAGUUUUCGAGUACGUUGGGACGGUUCAGUCAUUCGACCAGCCGGUUAAACCCUAACAGUGAAGCCGAGGAAGAUUAUAUCAGAAGUGCACAGACGCUCCCGCGGAAACUGCACGAUCGCAAGGAAAAGACUUCGGAUAAGCCCAGUUCAAGUAAAUACUGGCAACGACUUACGUCGAACAAACGUUCUACCAGUGCCAUUAAUAUUUCAAAUAACGUAGGUUCUUCACCAGACGGUAAGAUAAACGGGUAUCCUCCAGGUCCAGCUAAACCGGCAAGGACCUAUAAAGGUCUGAAUAGGAGUAAGAGUUUUGCUAUGGGAGCUCCUGAACAGGAGACACAUCCCCGAUACGUUACUGGCAUGAACAGAAAUUAUUCAACUAUGUACAAGUCUAACCCACAUCUGAGCAGACUCGAUGAAACUCCAGAACAACUCAAAAGUCCCGGAAUAGUUUCAAUUAUAAACCGAAGUCAACGUGAUCUGGCUGAUGCUGUUUCCCGAGAAACUGAACGCAGACGUGAUGGCUUAUUUGGUGCUCGUUAUGGUAAAACAAUACCGGUAACAAACGGUCAUACGAAUGGAUAUAGCAAGUCUUUUGAAGAGACAGAUAAGAAAAAGAUUUUCCUUAAAGGACUUCGUGAUAGAGCACCGGAAUUGUACCAAACAUUACAUGCGGACGAGGAUUCUGAUGGAAGCCGUUUAUCUCCUCGUUACAAUACUCCAUCACCACAUUACAAGGAACGGUCUUCGGAAGAGCGUAAGAUACCUAUUUAUAAAACUGAUUCAAUCAACAGAGAAACGAGUCCUUUCGUGUCUCGUUUAGAAACUAGAUUGAAGUCUCCAGCAAAUAGGCGUGAGAGUAACAGUAGUGACAAUUAUUCGGAGACUUAUCGAUACACAACGAGAUCUGGAGAUCCGGAGCGACCAAGUGUUACGGACACUGUUGAAACUAUCAGCAAAAAAGUUAUUCCUUCAAGAGACGGUCGAUGCAAAGAGAUCAUUGAGUCAAGGGAACUCAAUUCGGUUACAAAGAGCCGUGGAUACAAGGAACCACCGAGUGUGAAAUACUAUGAAAAUGGUUUACGUAACUCGUCCGUUGGAUACGAAUCAAGAAAUGGUGCUGCUCCACUCUACACGGAACGAAGGAGAAGCAAUUACAAAGUUGCUGAGAAGCUUAGAGAUUAUUAG